UACGGGUGGCAGCACUUGGGCCAGGUGGCAACGCUUUGUCUCACACACACAUAAAUCAAAUUACUAUACACAAUAAUAAUAAAGGAAAUAACCAACUAAAAACAACAAUUAAAUUUAGUGAGAGUCAUGCCAACAUCAUCUGUUUACCACGAAAAACAAAUGAGGCAAUUAUGUGCCUUACACGCGCUGAACAAUUUAUUUCAAGGCGAUCAAUCGUACACAAAGGCUGAACUAGACGAUAUUUGCAACAAUCUGACCCCAAAUGUGUGGAUUAAUCCUCAUCGCUCAGUGCUCGGACUUGGGAACUAUGAUAUAAACGUCAUAAUGACGGCACUGCAAAGACGAAACUGCGAGGCAAUUUGGUUUGAUAAACGAAAAGACCCGUCCGUCAUUAACUUGGAUGCAAUUGUUGGAUUCAUACUCAACAUUCCCUCGGACUACAAAUUUGGCAUUAUAACGCUGCCUCUGCGGAGGAGACACUGGAUAGCGGUGCGUCGAGUUGGCGACCAUUACUACAACCUGGAUUCGAAACUAAGCCAGCCGGAAUCUCUCGGCAAUGAAGCAGAUAUGCUUCAGUUUUUGCGGGAGCAACUCUCUCAAGAGGACCAACGUGAACUGUUCCUUGUACUGGAACGAAGCACAAGUGAAGAAUCGGCACAGCGUUGGCUAAAAGAAACCUGAAACUUGCCUAAUUCCAAUUUAGAGUGUUAAUAUGUACACAUUAGAUUUGAGAAGAAUUCACUGUGUGAACAACAACUUCGCAUUCAUAAUUGAAUGAAUAAACCAAUCAAUGUUCGUAAAUGAUACAAAACUUGUGAAGAGUAACGUCUAAAAA